AUGGAUCCGCUUCUGUUAGGCACCUCCGCAGGUCUGGAAAGGAAUUGCACCGUGUUGUUUUCCCACCUUACCGCGCUCUGUGGCACAAAACCAGCUGGAGAGCCUCACAACCCGCUGCAGGUCCACUUGCGAGUAGAUGACGGCCAUCGGGAUACGGCGCUCCAGCACAUAAAGGUAUUAUACGAUGUGGCUGUACGACAUAAUCCAAGGACAUCUGUCACUGUUGUCCCACUGGCGCCUUUAGAGUACUAUGAGACGCCUAAUCGCAAUACAAAUAGCCGGGAGGGACACAAGUUACCACUCUUUACGGCCUCAUUAAUGACACCUAAUUGCGGCUUCAAUCCGGUGUACAAAGGUGUUGCAGUCGGUGGGACUUUCGAUCGUCUGCACGGAGGUCACAAACUGUUGCUUACUACUGCUUUGCUGCACGCCACGCAGGUCCUUCGGAUUGGUGUAACGGUGUCCACGAUGCUAACUACAAAGAUUCAUGCCGACCUCAUCGAGCCGUUUGAAGUACGCUGCGCAGCUGUUACAAAGUUUGCCCAUUUGCUACGGCCAGACCUUGGCCUUGAGGUGGCCGGCAUUGCAGACCGCGCUGGUGGGGCCGAUAGUGAUCCCUCGUUGGAGGCACUUGUGGUUUCACCGGAAACUGUUGGCGCUUUGCCUUCCAUCAACACAGCACGACUGUCGGUGGGUCUUAAGCCGCUAGAGUGUGUGUUGGUUCCUUAUGUAGGAGUCUGCGAUGAUGAGGAGAGUAGAGUGAGUUCCACCAACAUACGAAAGCGGUUAUGUGAGUUGAGUACCUGA